UGAAUUUGCAUCUUGACGCCUUCAACCCGACACACUUAUGUGACCCAUAAAAUGUGAGACACACGAGCAUUAGUCCUGGAACAUGGGAUAAUCUCUCAAAACCAUUAAAACCCAGCCUCCCAUUAAUCUCAUUUCCCCUCUCUCUCUAUCUCCGUCAAAACACAACUAUCAUUCUCUCUCUCUACUCUCUCCUUCGUCGUGAAGUAAUCCUUUGUUUCGCUUUCACAGAAACCCGAGACAUACAAUCAAUCCUCCCUCUUUUUAUCUCUUUCUCUCUCACUCUCUUUGCUCUAAAGUAAUUCUUGACUUCAGAUUCGAACUCGACUUCAUUCAGCUAGGGCUUUUGGGAGGAAAAUUCCUCGGGCCUGUAAUCAGGGUAAAAAUUCGAGCACUUUAGAGGGUUUUUCUUGUUUAAAGUUUUGAGCUUUUUCAAGGUUUCAUGAGAAUUGUUAGGGGAAUGCAGAGAUUGAUUCGCGGCGAACCGGGUUGGAGCAAAUCAUUGUUUAGCGGAGGGAUUGGCUUUACCUUGCCUAAGGCCAGGACACGAGACAAAUUGAAACUUAGGGUUUUACACCUUUAAAUUUUGGUUUGUUUAGGGAAAUUAAAAUACGGGUCUGUCAAGUGUCUUAAAAUCUUGAAGAGACAAGAUGACCCGGAUUUUGGUUCAGCGAGGUUCAGCUGGUGGUUCGUCAUCGUCAAACCCUAACAGGUCAUCGGCGGUGGCGGGACCCAGUUCUUCUACUUCGGCUCCGGCGGCUCAGCCGCAAGUUAACCUUCCUCUGGUUGCUUCAGCUGGAAAAGAUGAAGAAAUCGUAGGGGAUUUGCAGGAACAGGUUGUUGUGGAUGAUUUUGUCGAGUAUUUCGGUAGUGGUGAUAUUAAGGCGGCUAGAAGUGAUGAUCUUUCACAAGAAAGCUCUCAUGAUGUUUACAAGGAUGAUGAUGAAAUCAAUGAUAGUGAGAAAGUUAGGAUUGAGGACGAUGAUUUGACAAGUGGAUUAGGUGAGUUACAAAUUAUGGGAAAUGAAACUGAGGGAUCCAGUGGUGGUUCUUUGCAGAGGGUUUGUGGGAGCUCUUGUCCACCACCACCUCCUGUCCCUCCCCCAAAGCCUUCCUCAGGAAACUCGAGUUCUAGGAGAUUUGUUACGUUGGGUAGUUCGAAUUCUCCACGGAUUGGAUCAUCUAGAAGAGCAAGUGCGUGGCCUAUUGUUUCAACUAGAACUUCACCAACCGGGUCAAGGCCUUCUUCGCCGAGGUCUCAUUGUGAAGCUGAAGGGUAUAAUAGUGCUGAUGAACAAAGCCCUUGCUUUGGGUCCUGCUAUGAUGAUGCUGAGAGGGAACGCCAAUUUGAGAUUGAUAUUAGAAGGGCCAAAGGUUUGGAAGUUAAACGAAUGAUGGAGGAUGGGAACUGCCUCUUUCGUGCUGUUGCAGAUCAAGUAUAUGGGGACUCCGAAGGUUAUGAUUUGGUCAGACAAAUGUGCAUUGAUUAUAUGGAGCGGGAGAGAGACCACUUUUCGCAAUUUAUAACGGAAGGUUUCAUGUCUUAUUGCAAGAGGAAGAGGAGAGAUAAGGUUUAUGGAAACAACGUGGAAAUCCAAGCAUUGGCCGAAAUGUAUAAUCGUCCUAUUCAUAUUUAUUCCUACGGCACAGAGCCUAUCAACAUAUUCCAUGGAAGCUAUGAUACAGACACUCCUCCCAUACGAUUAAGUUAUCACCAUGGGAAUCAUUACAACUCACUUGUUGAUCCACGGCGGCUGGCCAUUGGUGCAGGGCUUGGAUUUAGCUCUCUGCGGGGGAGAAAUGUUGACACAGAUCAAGUCAAGGCUGCUAUCAAAGCUCAACAAGACCAACAGAUUGAUAAUGCACUCCUAGCAGAAGGCCGAUUUUUCUCGGAUCUUGAGCUCACGGAAAAAGAGAUUGAGCGUAUGGUAAUGGAAGCUUCUCGGGCUGAAUAUCUUUCUGAUGACAAGUUCAAGCAGCAACUCGGUUGCCAAGAAUCCUCCACUUCUGGUGCUGAACCAUCAUCAUCUGGGGCUAGGUCUUCUGGGAGUGAUACCAAGGCGGGUGCUCUGGCGGAUGCUGUUCUCAGUAGCAGCAUGCAAAUAGUGCUGUCAAUGGGGUUCAGCUAUCUGCAAGUGAUCGAAGCUUACAGCAUAUUUGGAGACGAUGUUGAUUCCAUGGUUUGCUACCUUCUGGAGACUGGCAAUAGCAGCAGGCGCAAAGGUAAGGCCACUGAAUGAGCAAGGUUGAGUGAUAUUUUGGAUUAAAUUGGCUUUUGCUUUUGGAGGAUUGUAAUUUGGGGAAGGAAAAUUCUCACUUCCGAAUAGGACAUGCUUUUGGAACUCUAAAUAUGCUAGUUAACUGUUAACUUGAGUUUCGAGACUGCUAAUUAUAGAGUUAGCUGGAAUAUUUGAACUCCCUGGAGCAUUUUGUUUAUAUGGUGAUGGGAACAUCUGAAUGUAGCUGAUUUAUUUUCUUGUUGA